AAUGACGCAGUUUGCUAGCAGUGUUGUCAUCGCAUGUAUGGGGCUAUUUCAAGCGACAUACGGAGAGGACAUGAGUGUCGCACUGAAGUGCGCUUCUUACCUUCCCAUUCCAGGAGGGCAGGUGUACCUCUAUUGUUGGGCAGCUCACAGCGUAACUGAAGAAGCAGCGUCGGUUUCCACGGCGGCUUACAGCUGCUCCUGGGUGGAGUGCAGCGCGAGAUUCAAGCACGCUCUGAGAAUCCUCAUCGUCCGCGCACAGAAACCGCUGGUUCUCACCGCUGGACACCUCUACCCCAUCAACAGAGGUGCCUUUCUCUCGUUGGUGAAUGCGUCUUACUCCUACUACGCUCUGUUGGGCCAAAUGAACAAACGCUAGAUGAAGGACUCGCGCAGCAAAGUUAAAUGCAGUAGACCUUGUAUGGAUACUCUUACAUUAAUGAUUUCCAUGUCCUUUUGCAAAUGUAUAUUUAUGAAAUAAUUUCCUCGGAAAGAUAUGAGAAACAUUUAUAAAAGUUUGAUGUAACA